AUGAGGAACCGAAAUGAGAAGCAAAUCAUCUGGGGAACUAAAUCGAGCAAGAUUGGAGGAGAGAUUGUGUAAUGUUCAUCAGUUGUCUCAGUAACGUAAAGGUCACUUGUGCCACUCACUCUGGAUCUCAUAUCGAAACACCAGCUCGCGCUGUUUGUGAAGGAGUUGGUGGUGACAGAUACGAAGAUGGACGAGUGGAAAAUGAACAUUGGCACUUUGAAGGAAGAAAUCUUAAACAAGUUGUCAAAGAUGCUGGACAACCCCACUUGCGGCUGGAGACAGCUGGCGGCCGCGGCGGCCGAGCACUCACAAUUCCGAUGCAGUGAGAAGGAGCUGACCAGCUGCUCACUCCAGGUGCUGAGCGCCUCGGGCAGCCCGGCGCGCUGCCUGCUGGCCUGGCUGGCGGACCGCUGCUGCACCCUGGACUUCCUCCUGCACUGCCUGAAGAAGAUGGAGCACCAGGAAGCUGCGCAGUUCCUCGCCACCACAGUGGUGGAGCUGAUCAGGAUCACCGUGCAGCCACAGUCCCAGCAGGCCACGGCCGGGAGCAGGGUGGUCCUGACCUGCGCGGCCUCCGGACCCCCUGGACUCGGCUACCAAUGGUUCAGAGGGAAAGAGGAGAUUCUGGAUGAAACGGGGAGUUCCCCAGAGCUGAUUCUGUGUCCUUUACGUCCAGCCCACCGGGGUCACUAUAUCUGUAGAAUCAAUCACGGAGAAAAAUGCGUCUUCUCCCAGUGGGCUCAUGUUCGUUUGCUCCACUCUGCAGGCUCUAGUCCAGGCUGUGUGAGCGAAGUGCACAUCACCCAUCAGCCUCGGCCUCAGAAAGCAUCCGAGGGGGACACUCUGCUUCUGCAGUGCCGAGGAGAGGCCAACCCCCCUGCCCAGUAUGAGUGGUACCACAACAAAAUGUCCUUGCCCCUGCAAAAAACACACACACUCAAGAUCCCGUGUCUGACCACAGAGCACAGAGGGGAGUACAAAUGUAAGGUUUAUAAUUUGUAUCAGGAGGUGUGGAGCGACAUUGCAACAGUCACUAUUGGCCCCAGUUCCAUCACAGAGGCCUCGUGGGUAGAAGUUGAUCGUGGUCUAGAGUCGCAGGAAGUCCACAGGCCAAUCUCCGAAGUGGAAAGACAACUCCAGCAGAUUACCAAUUUGCAGUCACCAGCCAAAAGUUUCUAUGCCACAGACAAAGUUGCUCUCCUGAUUGGCAACAUGAGCUAUGUCCACCACACUCAGCUGUCUGCCCCUAUUUCUGACGUCCACGAGCUAACCAACCAUCUCAGGCAAAUGGACUUCAAGGUGGUGUCCCUGCUCGACCUCAACUGGCAGGAGAUGCACAGUGCUGUCACUGAGUUUUUAUUGCUGCUUGACAAAGGAGUGUAUGGUCUGCUAUAUUUCGCUGGUCAUGGCUAUGAGAACUACGGCAACAGUUUCAUGGUUCCUAUUGAUGCACCAUCCUCCUACACCUCAGAGCACUGCUUGUGUGUGCAGAACAUACUCAGCGGGAUGCAGGAGAAAGAGACUGGACUCAAUGUGUUCCUCCUUGACAUGUGCCGCAAAAGGAACCCAAAUGAUGAUGUCCUUGUACAACCUGGACUGCUCAAAGUAACAGCAAAUAUAGUGUUCGGUUAUGCCACAUGUGUUGAUGCUGAAGCGUAUGAGGUGAAGAGGGAAGACGUGUCCAAUGGCAUCUUCAUUAGCUUUCUUAAACAGCGAGUGUCUAAAGAUGAGAAAGUCACUGUCAUGUUGGACAGAGUCGCUGAAGAUAUGGGUCGCUGUGAGAUCACAAAGGGGAGGCAGGCUCUGGAGCUACGCAGCAAUCUGUGUGAAAGACGCUCCCUCACUGACCAGAUACAGGGUUCUCAGUGUUCGGCAUCCCAGUCAGCUCGAAACCUGCAAUGGGCCGUUGCUCAUGUUCUACCUGAGAGCCUUUGCCUGCAGUUUGACUGUGGGGUGAAGGUUCAGCUUGGGUUUGCAGCAGAGUUCUCCAACGUCAUGGUCAUCUACACUAGGAUACUUGAGAAACCUGAGGAAGUGGUUUCCUGCUCUGCUGAGCUCAUCGACUUCCCUGAGGAUGUGGAUGUCGAUCUAAAGAGGAGUAAUCAGGAUUCUCUACUGGAAGCCGGCUGCUUACUUUUGAUUCAAGAAGAACUUCCCAGUCCGGAAACCGCCAGUCUUUACACGCGCAUCCGCAGCCUGCACAGACUCAAGAGGGACCUCACAUUCACCGCCUGCCUCCAUUACACCUAUUCCAACAUGGAUGAAGAGGUACAAGAAAGGCUGCCAGUAACAGUGGGAAAACCCCUCGUCUCCAAACUAAAUCUCCAUGAACCACGUUCAUCUUACAGCUGCUCUGCCUCCUCCUACCUCAGCCAUGACUCUUUCAACUCUCCUGGGUGCUCGUCAUCCACUGAGGGAUUUUCCUCUGUUAGUUGUGUGUCAAAUACGUGGUCAUAUUUUUCAGAAACUGGCAACGCGGUUUCCAAUGCAGAAUCUCCAACUUCAUUGAGUGCCAAUGAACCAGAAGAGAGUGAAUGUCCAGAAUUACCUAUAAACCCUGAACCUCUUGUGGCCAGCAAAAGUUUGCCCCACACCAAAGUCAAUGAUACAAACUACAAAUUUAGUGACAUAUACACUUUUCAUUCCUGCUAAACAACAUGGAAUCCACGGGCAACCGCUGUUACACACUGAAAGAUUAGCAGUGAUUUUGUAUUGGGGAUUUGAAUUGGCCUUUUUAGUAAAGCUGUGCAACAACUAAAGUGAAAAAGGGAUUUUAUUUAGCUGGCACCUUCAUUUUGACUAUGCAUUAAGCCUUUGUUUUAUAACACUGUUAUAAUUUGUAUGAUAAUAAUGCAGAACUGCUGAAACUGUGGAUCAAUAGAGGUGUAAUUAAAUUAAAACACAAAGUCUUUUGUGCUUUAUGCUUUGCAUAACUGAAAAUGUUGUAUAAAAUGGUAUGAAUGUAACAUGCUUCUCCCGUUCCCUAAAUUGAUUCUCAGUUGUUUUACUAUGGAGGAAAAUCUAUAGUUCUGACAAAGAAAUGAAAGAGAAUUUACAGUUUUUUGACAACUGAACAUCCUUGCUUUAGAAAAAUGCCUCAAAAACAAUUACAUUGUUUUUCUUAGAUCAUCUAUAAGAAUAAAAU